AUUAUGUAGGCCUUGGAUGUAUAACCAUACUUUAUAGCAAAGCUUAACAGACAGAAGGGAAAUUUCCCCACUGCAGUAAAGUUUAAUAACGGUGAAAAAAAAUAGUAAUGCAUUAAACCCAGCAGAACUGAAGUUAUUACAGUUAGUAUUCUGAAAUGCGGUUUUUUUACAACUACUAUUUUUUCUCUAAUAAUUUAUAGAAUACACUUGUUAAUUGUUUAGGUAUCAUUAUGUUAUAAUUAUGAAAGUGAACAAGACGAGCUGGGAGAAGAAAGAACCAACGUUAUACAAGCAAGAGGAAUUGAAGACAUACGAAACUGCUUAUUACAAUAAACCUUACAUAGCUGGUGUAUUUACCAAAGCACAACUACUCAAUGUUGAUGAGUUUAACUUAGGUGAUAACGUAACCUACAUAAUGCCAUCCGACUCUGUUCGCAAAAGAAGAUCGGUAGUGGUGUAUAGAAAUGGACCUUUAACUCCGGGUGAAACCUACGUUGUAUUUCAAAGACUUCAAGUGCAGGUACAUAUCAAAUUUAAAAAACUAGCAUUAUGGCUUAUUUUGGCAAUGUUUUUUUCCGUCAAAAGCAUAAAAUGUGGCCAGUUGGGGUUAAAAAUUCAUGACAACAAGAAAUGCUGA